UAUAAAAAGUGAAGUAAAAAGUGAAAUGCAAAAUGCAAAACAGUAAACAGUAUCCGAUUGCAAUAUGCAAUGUAAUACAGUAUAAUAUAAUAUGAGAUAAUGUGUUAAUUUAUUAAUUUAACACGUCCUUGAGGUGUGGGGGGAAAUAAAAGUGUGUUCUUUUGACAUUUUUGACAUUAAAUACAAUUUCGAAUUAUGUUUCAGAUGAUGAUGAUGAAGAUGAUGAUAAAGAUAUAUGAUGAAGGUGAUGAUGAAGAUGAUGAUUAAGACGAUAAUGAAGGUGAUAAUGAUCCAGAAGAAGAUGAAGGUGAUGAUGAUGAAGAAGAAGAAGAAGAUGCUGAUGAUGAAGACUCGGGUACUCUCCUCCUCUUCCUCCCACGCAGGGAGCGCGCCGCGCGGCUGUGGAGGCGUGACGCGCCCGCAUCUCGUGCCCAGGAUGUCAGGUCGGUCUGAUGUGAACCAGAACUAAACUGUCUCUGUGCCUCUAGCUCGGUUCGGUUCGAUUCGGCUCGGCUCGGUUCGGAUCCUUCUCUUGUUAACGUCGGUAUCGAUGCCGCUGCUCUGAUCCGCGUGCCCGCUGCUCGGUGUCGUUGAAACAGCUGCGGCUGCGCGCUCACGUGGAGGAGGGAGAGGCUCGACACUAGCACGGUCAUUUACGUUAAACCGGGACUAAACCGGGACUGGACCGGGACUGUACCGGAUUUCAGAGCAAGGACGUUCCGCAGCUCUAACGCCGUGGAUGGAUGCUGAGCAGCGGGAUGAAUCAGCCGAGCUGCCCGGUGAGAGAUAACCUUGACUGGUUGCUAUCGGUCCGAUAAUGGGCUCAUUGUGAGCUGAACCGAACCGGGCUAGACUGGAAACACAGCUGAGCCCGAACAGAGCCAAACUGUGCGAGGGGACCCGAACCGCUGACACAUAACAUGUUCGAACAUGUGAACCCCCAUCCAUGGAUUAGGUCUUGGAUCAGUGUGAGGUCCGGACCUGUAGAACAUGUGUAGAACAUGUGUAGAACAUGUGUAGAACAUGUGUAGAACAUGUAUUUAUAUAUGUUCUGACAGUUAAACGUCCUCUCUCUCUUCCCGUGGUUGUCAGGUCCUCCUGACGGGCCCUUGGUGUUCGGUACCGGGAUAGGACCCCUCUGAGAGCGAUGGACUCCAGGACCAGGACCAGGACCAGGACCAGGAUGGACCUCAGACCUUCAGUCAGACUCUCUGUGUCCCUGCUGUUGACUGGCACGCUGGUUUCAAUGGUGACGUCCAGCUCACCUGUUGCAGGUGUGUUGGACUUCAACAGAACGAGGUCUUCGUCCCUGUCCUCCUCUCCUAGACCCUCGCCCACCAGCCCCCCUUCCGACUCGGGUGCCCAUGUUAACAGUGGUGUUUUAGGUUUGGCUGAGGACUUGGACUCUGGAGCUCAGGGGAUCCACCUCCUCCUGAGACCCCCGGACCUCCUUUCCCCCAGCCAUCCCCCACCCCUCCCCCCCCACAGCCAGCCCACACUCACGCCCCCCCCGCCCUGGGUGCAGGGCCCUGUCCUGGAGGAGGCCUGGGGCUCUGGAGACUACCUGGAGACCCUGUCCUUCAUUGUGCCUGACGGUGAGGAGCUGGCACUGGCCACGUCUCUACCCAGCCACCCCUAUGAAGAUGACACCGGUGGGGACUGGGUCUCCUAUGACACCGCCUUCCCCACCCGUCCCACACUGUCACUAUCCACCCCCCUCCCCCUCUCCCCGUCCACCUCCAGCAUUCUGCUCCACACCCACCCAACCCACCCAGACGUCUUCCCCACCUGGGACGAGGACUACGACCUGGAGGACAUGGCGCCACUGGAGCCGACGGAGCUGCUGCUUCCGGACAUGAACAGUCUGGAGUACUACACCAACCUGCUGGUGAAAGAGAGGGACAGAGAGAGAGAGAGGGAGAGGGAGAGGGAGAAGGAGAGGGAGAAAGACCAGGAGCAAGUAAACCAGUCCGGCUCCAAAACCCCCAUCUCUCCUACAACAACUCAACCUCACCCUCUGUCUCCGAGCUCCGCCUCUCCUCCAGGACACGGCCCCACUAGUCCUCAACCGGGGCCAACCCCCCCCCUUAAUCUCUCACCUGUUAUGCCGAUGUCCCCCAACACACCCUCUACCCCUUUCCCUCCAAAACCUACAGACAGCAUUCAGGGUCAAUACCCUCCCCGCCCCCCCUCUAACACCACCAGCCGGGUGCCUCCCCCUCCCCCGCUGGGUCCGCCCACCCGUCCUGAAAGGCCGGAGCGCCUGCCGGUGGUCACAGAGACGCCAGUGAAGGAUCCGCCUACCGAGACCAGCAAGGCGAGCACCGCCUCCAUCAGCACCACUCCCCCUGCCCCCACACCGAGGGCGGCCCAGCCCCCGCCCAGCAGACUGUACCUGUGCAAUGUGACCAAACCAGAGAUGUACCUGGUCCGAGUAGUCAGCUCCAGAGCGUCAUCGGCUGGUUUCAGUCAGGUCCGAGAUCUUCUGAGGAGAGAGUUCAACCGCUCAGUGGAGCUGCAGUUCCUGAGGACGCCCUCCAGCUUCGCCUUUCGUGUGGUAUCGGGACCGUUGAUCUUCACUGCCAUGGCCGUCAUCAAUGCCCUGCGCCAACCGCCUCGCUCCUUUGGCCCCGUUCCCGCCGUGUCACCGCUCUACAACGUGCCGGACCUCCGGUACCAGAUCCACUCGGUGCUGCAGUUCGUCCCCACCCACGUCGACGUCCGACUCUGUAACUUCAGUGAACGUGUAGAGAGAGGGCUGAUGAUGGCGUACGCCGAGACACGUAGACGGUCACAUGAGGCGGGAGCCGUCACUGUACAGCUGUUGAACGUCACCAUGAGCAUGUCCCGGCGUUCAGUCGAGCAGACGGUUCCCGUCGAUGUCACAUUUGCAGUGCGUGAUGGAUGGGGCUACCUUCUGGGGUCAGAGGUCAGCGAUCACCUGAGGAAGCUCAGCCUGGUGGAGUUCAGCUUCUUCGUCGGAUUUCCUGCUCUGCAGAUCGCAGAACCGUUUCACUACCCUGAGCUGAACACGUCUCAUCAGCUGCGCUUCACCUGGGUCCGGACGGUGCUGCUGGGCGUUCAGGAGCAGCAGGUGACGGAGAGAAGCUUUAAAGCUCGUCUGGAGCGGCGUCUGGCUCAGCUGCUGGAGGAGGGGCUGCAGGAGCCCAGCAGGAGGCGCAGGAGAGCCACAGCUGUGGGCAACAACAGUCUGCAGGUGGUGCGUGUGGCGAGGCUGUCAGGCUCAGAGCGCCCCCUGGAGGUCAUGUAUUUUGUGGAGGGUCAGAACGGUGAGCGAAUCCCUGCGGAGAAAACUGCUGCCACCUUGAACCGCCUUGACCUUCAGAGGGCCGCCAUCGUCCUCGGACACCGAGUCCAAAGACCCCUGGCCCAAGCAAUGGAGACCCUGUCUGUCCCUCCGGCAGAGACUCAGAGCAACAGUAUCUUGCUGAUCGUGGGCGUGGUUGUCCCCGUGCUGCUCGCUGUUUUCAUCAUCAUCAUCCUUUACUGGAAACUGUGCGGCUCAGAGAAACUCGAGUUCCAGCCGGACGCCAUCAACACCAUCCAGCAGAGGCAGAAGCUUCAGGCUCCGAGCGUCAAAGGCUUUGACUUCGCCAAACUCCACCUGGGUCAGCACAGUAAGGACGACAUCAUGGUGAUCCAGGAGCCCGGGUCUCUGCCCGCCCCUGUCAAAGAGGCCACGCCCCCCGAUGGCGGAGACCUCAACACCCCCAAAUCGAAAGGCUCGUCCACUAAGGGACGGUCGGGCCGCCGCAGGGGAAGACUCAGCCCGUCAGACGGGGACUCGUUAGGCAGCGACCAAUCCAGUGGCAGAGAGUCAGCAGAGGAGAGCACCCGACCUGUGGCCACGCCCAGUGAGGGCAAACAGCACAGGAAGACGCCCAAAAAUGGUCAGAGACACGCAGGUCCUUCCGGCAGCGGUCCAGACGAGCCUCUGUCCUCGUCCUCCAUCUUUGACCACGUGGACCGUCUUUCUCGAGGCUCGUCUGACGGCCCUCGGCGACAGGCCAACAAGGUGCAGCUGAUCGCCAUGCAGCCGCGACCGAGUCUGCAGCCGACGCAGGCCCCGCCCCAUCCAAGCCCGACGCUCACGGAGAAGGUCAACACAGAGGUGGCGCUGAGAUACAAGUCCGAGAUCGAACAUCACAGGAACAAACUCCGGCAGCGCGCUAAGAGGCGGGGUCAGUGUGACUUUCCCUCCAUGGACGACAUAAUGGACGCCUUCGGAGACGGGCCGGUGCAGAGCGAGGUUGCACAGCGACUCUACAGCUCCGCCCACGACCACAUGGAUUGUAUUCUGCAGGCCGACGCCCCCUCACCCCCGACCCCCACCGACUCCAGGAAGAGGGGGAGGCGCUCUCCUCGGGGUCGCCGUGCUCAACCAGGACCUGGAAGUCUUCCUGAUACCGACAGAGAUCGGCUUCUUACCGAUCAGAGCGCCACCUACAGGAAGUACCCAGGACUCAACAACGUGGCCUACAUGUCGGACCCUGACCUGCCCCCAGAUCAUGGCAGUCCAUCUCCCACUGACGAGGUGUUUGACCCGGCCCCAGCUCCCCCCCCCUACAUGCCCCCACAGCCAUCCAUCGAGGAGGCCCGGCAACAGAUGCACUCUCUCCUGGAUGACGCCUUUGCUCUGGUCUCACCGUCCUCGCAGGGCAGCGUCGGGGUGAGCGGGAUAAGCCCUGCCCUGCCCAGCCCCUCCCCUCAGGUCCGUCCCCCGGGCAGACAGUGGGGCUCCUACCCAGCAGCCCCCUCUCACAGCCCCUUCUCUGCAAGAUACGUAGAGUUAGGAAUGUCUCCUACGUCGGUCCAGGGCCUCCUGCAGGGGCAGGGCCUGAGCUCAGGAGGGUAUGUUUCCACUGGAGAUCAGCUGCAGGAGUCAGUUUACUCCAACAGGGGGCAGUAUGAGGACCCCCCCUCCUCCUCCAGACCACGGCCUGUUGGGGGCAGCACAGGAGCCCGGCUCCACCACCUGACACAGGUGGGUUUGUCCAGUCAGAUCGGUGCUUACCCUGGGGUAGGUCGCAGCAUGUCUGGCCCCACCGGCUCGAGCUGGACCCAGCGGCUUUCAGACCAGGAACUAUCAAGACCAGGAGACAGCAGAGAGAGCGUGCUGUCGUUUCCUGAGUUCUCCUCUUCCUCUGUUUUCCAGAUGCCGAGCUCCUCACUGCGUGACCCAUCGGCACCACCUCUCCUCCUGACCUCACCAACUCCAGAAUAUCCCCCAGAGGACGCCUCGCCCUCCGCCCACACCUCUGCCUCGCUUAUCAAGGCUAUCAGAGAGGAGCUGCGUCGCUUGGCCCAGAAGCAGGCGGUGACCAGUUACCCAUAGACCUAUGUGGACUAGUUUGGAUCAGGACUCUGCUGGUCCCAAUAGCGUGAAUGGAAUGGAUUCGGAAUUUUAAACUAAUGAUCCACACUUGUGACACUCUUGAGCAGAUUUGUGUCUCAGUAGCUAAAUUAACUCCGGACCAUGAUCCACGUCUCCUGUUUCCUGACUGAAAGACCUCUGGUACUUCACAGGGUUCUGUCUGUCUGCACCUUGGUCAUUCUUCAACUCUGUGUUUCAUCAGGAGUUUGACUCAUUACAUUCCUACUGAAGUGCUUCCUGGACUGGAUUGUCCCAUAUAGAGUCUUAGACCUCAUCAUACUUUCUGAAUUUGUGGAGGGGGUUGUCACUCUUGACCUUUUGGUGCUGAUCAUCCCUCAUGGAGGUCUGGAGAACAUUGUACCUCCUGGAUGGAUGGUAUAGCUGAACCACCUCAGGCUGUCCUGAUCACCUACAGUGGAAGAUCUCUAUUUAUCAUCUGCAGUGGUUUGUCCCAUCUGAUCCAGUGGUGGGGUUAGGGUUAAUGAUUGUUCAUUCUGGAGUUCUAGAGUGGAAAUUAAUUCCUGAACUCUUUGUGUUAAUGGUUCAUCCUAAUCUUCUCAUGUGAAUUAAUUAUUUUUUAACUUCUGGAACAGAUUGUCCAUCCAAGAUUUCCGAUUUGGAGAGUCCCGCCCAGGAGAUUGUUUCUUCUAGAGUUGUUGAGUGGAAAUUAUUUCUUGAACUCCUGCAGCUGAUGAGCCUCCUGACUUUAUUGAGCGGAUUGUCCCUCCGGAAAAUCUGCAUUGGAUAGUCCUACCUGAAGAGAUAGAGUUGAUGGUCCAUCCUAACCUUCUCAUGUGGAUCAUUCCCUCUGAACUUCUGGAACAGAUUGUCCCUCUAAAUUUUUGGGGAAAAUCCCUUCUGAACCUCUGGAGUGGAUGGUCCUUCCUUGACUUCUGGAUCUGGACCAUCGCCUCUGGAGUUCUGAAGUGGAUUAUCCCUCUGGACGUUCUGUGGUGCUAACCAUCAGCCUCAUACCAUCUUCUCAUUAACCACUUAUUGCCUUCCAUACUUCCAUCAGCCAGGGGAAUCAGGUCUCUUUUCAUAAAGCAUAUUGAUGAGGUCUUUGCACUGUCGACAACAGGAGGUGGCGUAAAGUAAGUACAACAUAGGGAAAAGUAUAUAUAAAUAUCUAUGAAAAUGAAUACAAAUAUAUGUAAAGAGAUAGAAUCCAAAUGAGCACAAUUUAAUGUCAGAGAUAUUAUUGAGAUGUUACAUAUUUUCUUGCCUAUAUAUGAAAGCAAACUUGAAUCUUUUAUUUUAAUGACAAAAGACCUAACUACUGUUCUAUGGUUGUUGUCCUACGUAUUGAGCUUGCUGUAGAUCUUUAGCCGUCUUUUGUUUCUCUUCGGAGACGCUGCUUGGCGUAGCUGCUAGUGCACGUGUUCAUGUGUAGGUGGCAAUGAAAAAAAAUCUUGAUUCCGUCGCUUUGUGGAGUUUUGACGUCGCUGAUUUAUUGCAUUGAUCUUCGGGCUGAGUGCUGAGUCUGUUGGGCAUCAGGUGGAUUCAUGUAGAGGAGCAGAGACGGGAACAGCCAGGAACUGAAGCUACAGCGGUGUCCCCUGGAGGCUGCAAUAUGUAUAACACACAAACUAACUUCACUGAGUGUCAUCAGUGCACCAGUGAUGGGAGAUUCCAUCAAAACUUAAAGAAACAAAUACGAUCAGCAUUUAACAGCUGCCUCAUUAGGGACCCUUGAGGCUGUUCUGUAUACCACACACCAGAAGAAUAAGAAAUAAAAAGAUGCAUUUAACCAUCAUAUUAGUAGGUUGGGGUAAAAAGUAUAAGUAAGGUUUGUAAAGGUUAAAUAUUAUUUUGAAAUCCAGUCGGCCGUGUGGUUCCCGUUGCUUCUGGUUGGAUGGUUCCUGUUUAUUAGUCUUUGCUCUUCUUCAGCAUGUUGGACUCAGUUUGAAUUUGUAGCUACUCGUGAUGUUUCAGUCGAUGUUAGCAUGCUGCUGAAAGGUUUUAAAAACAAAGGUAAUAGAAGUAAACAGGUGUUCCAUGUUCAGAGUGAGCGAAGAGGGAUUUAUGUCACAGUGCCAUCAAAACGUCUUUCAUCUAAACCCAAGAAAAAAAUACAUCGUAUAAAAAAUUGUUUUUUCUACAUUUUAAAAAGAUAUUUUGGAAUCUGAAUGAAGACAAUUAAAAUAAACAUAUAAAUGAAAGUGAAUUUGAUGUUGAAUAGAAAAUAAUAAGAAAAGAUUUUACGUGUGAUUUUUCUUCUGAACCUACUCACAUACUUCAUGGACCAGAAACCAACCACUUGGACUCGAAUUCAACCUAGCGCCUUGGACUUGGCCACGCCCACUCGAUCACACGGUGCUAGCUUAACGAGUGGACGGGAAACUCGCGCACAAACACAAAACCUGCAGUUUGUCUUCUCACGUCCGAACAGGCUCCAUGAAUGGAAUGUUUUUUAGAGUUUCUGUUUUCUCGAUCUGAGACGAAUACGUAGAAAUGUAUUUAUGACAAAUCGACUGGUUCGUACAAAAACAUGGCCACAAAGAUUUAAAUCACACAACAAAGGAGCUUGAGUCAUGUGAUGCUCAUUGACAGCGAGCAGUUGCUCCUGUUCUGUCAUGAACGAACAGCAACAUUCCUGCUGCUCCUCUGGACCCGGCCUCAACACGCACCUGAGUCCAGGUCCGGGUGUGGUCCAGGUACCCUGGGUGAAGACGCUUUUGGGAGACGGAGCCUGCAGGGGGCGCUGUUUGCUGUCAUAAAAUCAGUGAGGGGUCUCACCUGUAGCGCAGCAGGUGAUCUGUGUCACAUGACCUGUUCUAAACUCUGUGGAUUCAAAACAGUUUAACAAACAUUAAAGACAUAAUUCA